AUGGCGACCUGGUUCAGCUCGGAAACAUCUCACCCGGCUUUCGACAUCAAGUCGACGCCCGCUGUAAGCUAUGGGCUACCAUUUCCUGAAGCCUGCGCCGUUCAUGUCAAGGGCAAUCUUUCUUCCCACCGCGUGUACAUAAUCGCGUCGGCAAGCUUGACACGCAAUACGGAUGCGCUGGACAGGUUGAAAAAGGCCUUGGGCGACCGAGUUGCGGGUGUCCAUGUCGGAAUCGGGUCCCACACACCGAUCCAAGAACUUGUUCCCAUCAUCGCCGAGGCCAAAGAUCUCGGCGUCGAUUGCCUAGUGACCCUCGGCGCGGGUAGCAUCACAGAUGGAGCUAAACUCAUCAGAUUUGCGUUGGCAAACAAGGUCUAUUCUGUUGCCGAUAUCUGCUCGAUACGGGGAGAAAGGCCACACAACUGGAUCCAUCCCAGUAUCCCCCUAAUAUGCAUUCCGACCACACUCUCUGGGGGUGAAUAUCAAGCCAUCGCCGGAGCUACCGAAGAGAAGAAGCGGCAAAAGAUGGUGUUCGACCCCAUACGCGAUCCAGACCUCGUCAUUCAAGAUCCCGAACUCUGCACUACAACUCCGGAACGCAUUUGGCUCAGCACAGGCAUCCGAGCCGUCGAUCAUUGCGUUGAGACACUUUGCUCUCGACUGAGCAACGAAGAGGCUGACACGUGGGCCAAGCGAGGGCUCGAGAGGCUAGCGGGGGCGUUGCUCAAGUGCAAGCAAGACCCAACAGACCUCGAGGCCAGGCAUCAGUGUCAGACUGGUGUCGUCGAGGCCAUGAGAGCCGUCUCCUGCGGCGUCCCUCUCGGCGGAAGCCACGCCAUAGGGCAUCAGCUCGGUCCACUGGGGGUUUCUCACGGCGAGACGAGCUGCAUUCUGCUGCCGGCUGUUUGCUCCUUUAACAGCCAGGACCCGAUCAACGCGGAGAAACAGGCGGUUGUCAUCCAAAUUCUGCGAGAGAGUGAAAUAAUAUCUGAAAUGCUCGCUUCGGAAGAUGUCGACCAGUCGCAAGCGGAUCUGGCCACGGUUCUGGAUGUCUACUUGCGCAACCUGGGCAUGCCGCGUACGCUGGAUGAUGUAGGGUUCAACCCUGACAAGCUGGACAUGCUUGUUACCAACAGUCUGACAGACCAUUGGAUCACUACGAACGCCAUCCCGAUCACGAAAGAGAGCCAAGUUCGGGAGAUUUUAGCUAAGGUCACAGGCUAG